AUGGGUAGCGGCCGUUCGCGCCGCUGGUUCAGGCUGAGGGAGGAACGCGCGGGUGAGACGGAAAAGGAUUCUUCCCGGAGCAGCGACGGGAAUGGCGUCAGCAAUGCGGCCGGUGCCUCGGCGCUGCAGGGCAACACAGAGUCGAUUGAGUUGGGCUCCGUUACGGCGGAAACAAGAAGUCCGGGCGGGCCGGUCCCGCGGAGGCCGCUUGGCCCUGGUUUGGUGAAGGAAGAGGGUGUUGAAGAUGGGGGUGUGCGGGCCGGGGCCGACAACGAGACGACGGUGGAGUACAAGGUGUACAAGCGGCGGUGGUUCGGGUUGUUGCAGUUGACGCUGUUGAAUAUCAUUGUUAGCUGGGACUGGCUUACCUUCUCGCCCGUGUCCUCCCAAGCAGCAACCUACUUUGGCACCACGGAUACCAUCAUCAACUGGCUGAGCACGGCCUUCCUGUUUGCGUUCGCCUUCUUCACCCCUGUGGUUAUCUACGUGCUACAUCUCGGCCCGAAACUGUCCAUCGUUACGUCUGCCAGCCUUGUACUCGUCGGGAACUGGAUCCGUUAUGCCGGUUGCCAUUCCAAGUCUGGCGGGCUCUUCGGAGUGGUCAUGUUUGGCCAGAUUCUGACUGGGCUAGCCCAGCCUUUUGUCCUUGCGGCCCCGGCACGAUACUCAGACCUUUGGUUUACAAACCGAGGGCGGGUAACUGCCACAGCUUUGACAAGUCUUGCAAAUCCUCUUGGUGCUGCGUUGGGCCAACUGAUUAAUCCUUUCUGGGUUUCGAAACCGGGCGAUAUCUCCAACAUGGUCCUUUACGUCUCCAUCAUCUCCUCCGUCUGCGCAGUGCCUUCUUUCUUCAUCCCCGCUCGACCACCUACGCCCGCAGCACCGUCCUCGGAAACCCCCAAACUCAGUAUCCGCGCCUCCGCCCGCUUGCUAUUUAGCCAGCUCGAGUUCUGGCUCCUAUUCAUCCCCUUCUCCAUCUAUGUCGGCCUCUUCAACUCCAUCUCGUCCCUCAUCAACCAGAUCCUGCUUCCACACGGCUACACCGAGGAAGAAGCGGGCAUCGCCGGCGCUCUGCUUAUCGUCGUAGGCCUCGUCACGUCGGCGCUCACCUCCCCCAUCAUCGACCGAACCAAAUCCUACUUACUCGCCGUCCGCGUCGCCGUGCCCAUCAUUGCGGCAAGCUACCUCAUCUUCAUCUGGAUGCCUGGCACCCGUGCCUCUAGCGGCGGCAGUGUGGCCGGGCCGUAUGUCAUGAUGGCCAUCCUGGGCGCGUCCUCUUUCUCCCUCGUGCCUGUUGUUGUCGAGUAUCUCGUCGAAUUGACGCACCCCAUCAGUCCGGCUGUGACGUCGACGUUAGGGUGGGCUGGCGGGCAGCUGUUGGGUGGGAUUUUGAUUGUGGCUUCGGGGGCGCUGAAGAAGGGUCCUGAGGGUGAUCCGCCGGGGGAUAUGAAGGAUGCGUUGGUAUUGCAUGCUGUGUGUGCGCUGGUGGCGUUGCCGCUUCCGUUGUGUUUGGGGUUGUUUGGGAGGAAGGAGAAGUUGAUGCUGAGAAGGGUUGAAUCGGAUGAUGAGGGGAGAGGGGAGAAGGUGUUGGAGACAGGCGUGAUUAGUGUGGCCAUUUCCGUGUUUGCAUAA